UCUGAAGCAGUUAGAAGAUGAUGGUCCUAUGCCUUCUUCCUCGCUGAAUGAUUAUGAUUGUGAGGCUAUGAAAGCCCAGGCUUUGAAGACAGCUCAAGAAGCAUAUUCCAAUCAGCAGGCAAGGUUAAACCAAUUUUCAGGUGACCAGAAUGAAGGUAUAUGCUUGGGUGGUGGUAGAGAAGCUAAAGAGCAUCCCCAGCCUCGCAUAUUCAAGGGAAUUCUGAAGAGCUACCAAAUGAAGGGAAUGAACUGGCUGGCUAAUCUGUAUUAUUUUGGGAUAAAUGGAAUUCUAGCUGAUGAGAUGGGUCUUGGUAAGACGGUGCAGUCAAUAGCCUUCCUUGCCCAUAUUUGUGAACAAUAUGAUACCUGGGGACCUUUCCUUAUAAUUACUCCAGCUUCAACACUUCACAACUGGACUGGAGAGAUUGCAAGAUUUGUACCUAGUUUCCAGGUUGUGCCUUACUGGGGAAAUCCUGAAGAACGAAAAAAUCUUCGGAAAUUUUUUGAUGGGAAGAAUUUAGGCACUCGUGAAGCUUCAUUCCAUGUAGUGGUUACAAGUUACCAGAUUGUCAUUCAAGAUUUCAAGUUUCUUAAUCGGUUGAAGUGGAAUUAUAUGGUUCUGGAUGAAGCUCAAGCCAUCAAAAGCAUAAACAGCCAGAGAUGGAAGCUGUUACUGGGCUUCAGUUGCCGGAAUCGACUCCUCCUAUCGGGUACUCCAAUUCAGAACAGCAUGGCAGAGUUAUGGGCCCUCCUCCAUUUCAUCAUGCCCUCACUAUUUGACUCCCACUUGUGGUUUAAUGAGUGGUUCAGCAAAGACAUAGAAGGGCACGUAGAAAACAAAACUCAUGUGGAUGAAAAACAUUUAAAUCGACUUCAUAUGAUUUUGAAGCCUUUCAUGUUGCGGAGAGUGAAGACAGAAGUAGAAAAUGAACUAACAGAUAAAAUUGAGAUCAUGAUGUACUGCCCUUUGACACUACGGCAAAAGUUUUUGUACAAUGGCCUGAAAAACAAGAUUAGUAUUGAUGAAUUGUUAAGGUCUUCAAUGGGCCCAUCUUCACAGCAAUCAUCUGUUACUUCAUCUUUGAUGAACCUAGUCAUGCAGUUUAGGAAGGUUUGCAAUCACCCAGAACUUUUGGAGCGCAGGGAGGUGCGUUCUCCAUUUACAAUGCACCCUAAUCCUUAUGUCAUUCCCAAGCUAGUUUUCCGAGAAUCAUUAAAUGAUAUGAAUUCAAGCAAACACCAUCUUUUGUACAAUAAGCUGUCCAUCUUUAACCCAGAGUAUAUACAUUCAACUUUAACCAGAGAAGAAGAUAACCAGAGAACGUGCUUUUCGUUUCUACGCUUCAUUGAUGUUAGUCCUCAUGAAAUGUCUGAGGUCUUCAUAAAUGGCCUCGAAGCUAGAUGUUUGUUGCUAGUUGCUGCAGUGCAGUAUGCCCACAUUAGAUAUCUUCGAAAGAGGUGGUCGGAAAAGGACAGAAAUAAUGGGUCACCAACAUCGAAACUCACAUCUUUGAGUAAAGACUUCUUAAUUGUGGACCCCAAUCUCUGCUCUCCCAAUGUCCAAUCAAGUUCCAUAUUGUCUGAUCUAGUUUUCACAUCCUUCUGUUCAUCUGUAUAUACAUUCACAAAUCAUGUGAUUCAUUACAUUCCAGAGACUAUGAAUCACAGGAUAAUGAGAUCCAAAAAGGAAAGAGCUCCUCUUAUUGAGGAGUUACCAGAAAAUCUAAGAUCAAAUAGUGAUAAUGAGGAUCACCAGAUUAACCAAGUAAAAAUAGAACCAAAAGAGGAAAUUUCCUUCCCAGAGGAGAAAAUGUCCCCUAGUAAGAAUACUUCACCUCAGAGAUAUCAGUUGAAAAUAGGAAGUCCUAGCAAGAGUGGGAGUUCUCACAAGUCUUCCCAUAAGAGACCCUCUUCAGGAUCAAAACAUUCUUCUAGAAGGCACAAUAUAAAAUCAAGAGAUGAAAAUUUCUUGCAGAAAGAACCAAUUAUAGGCAUAGAUGAUGAAACACCCAGUGGAAACGAUACUGUAAAUCUCCUGCCAGAGUUUCCACAUAUAGAAAGGCCUCCCGAAACUAGAACUUGUCUUCCCACUCAACUUCCUACAUUCCUUAUGCAUACUUGUCCUAAGGCACAGUGUUUAGAAAAGGAACUCUUCUGCCAUGACCGAAGUGCUGCAUGGUGGCAGGUUAGAUGUCACCAUUCUGACACUGCUGAAGGUUUGACUCCAAUUCUUUAUGGGUCAGGAGAGCUUGAAAGAGACUGGAUGGAGAGAAGACAGAAAUUCACUGGAGUUGAAGUUGGUGGCCUUAGAGCAGCCUAUCCUAAAUUAGGAUGGAGUAGAAUCCUAAUACCUGAUAAGCAUUCCCUCAUUAUGGAUGCUGGAAAGCUGUAUGUCCUUGACAGCCUCUUAAAGAAGCUUAAAGCUGGAGGUCACAGAGUGUUGAUUUACUCCCAGAUGACAAAAAUGAUUGAUUUACUUGAGGAGUACAUGUGGCAUCGAAAGCACAAAUACAUGAGGCUUGAUGGAUCAUCGAAGAUAUCAGACCGAAGAGAUAUGGUGGCUGAUUUCCAGACUAAAGCAGAUAUAUUUGUGUUCUUGUUAUCCACCCGAGCUGGAGGGGUUGGUAUCAACCUCACUGCUGCUGAUACUGUUAUUUUCUAUGACUCUGAUUGGAACCCCACUGUUGACCAGCAGGCCAUGGACCGAGCUCAUCGAUUAGGCCAAACAAAACAGGUUACAGUGUAUCGUUUGGUCUGUAAAGCCACUAUUGAAGAAAGGAUCCUACAGAGAGCCAGGGAAAAGAGUGAGAUUCAGCGAAUGGUUAUAAGUGGUGGUAAUUUCAAGCCUGACACAUUGAAGCCAAAGGAAGUUGUCUCGCUCCUGUUGGAUGAUGACAUUGAGAAGCAAUAUCGAGCUAGACAGCAAGAAAGGCGAAUUUUAGAAGAACACAAGAUUGAAGUUAAUCGAGAAAAGAUGAGAGAGAGAAUGAGAAAAAGAUAUGCUGAGAAGAAAUGGGAGAGAGAACAAGAGGAAAAGCGUCGUCGGAUUGAAGAAGGUAUUGUGGAUAUUGGUGGUGGUGGGGAUACCACUCCACUCAACUCGACACCAGCAUCUCCGACGCACAGUGAGGUAUCUGUCACAACUAGUCUUCAUUUAGAUGAUGGAAGUAAUGAUGGUUCUCUUAUUGUUGAUGUAGAGUCACCAGCACCAUCUACACCUGUGUCAUUAUCAGGGAGUGGUAUUAUUGGAGGUAGUAAUCUCCCACCUUCAUCAUCUGGGGGUACUCCUAUUCGGGGUCAGAGAAAGAGAGGACGGCCCAAAGGUUCCACUCUUCGGGGACGGUUAUCUAGAUCUGCUGAUGGGGUUUCUUCAUCUCCAGCAACAUCAGCAGUUUCUUCAUCUGUUGGUGUUGGUGGUGGGUCAUCUUCACUUCCUGGUAGCGGCUCCCCAGGUAGUGGAAACAGUGGUAGUCCAGUAGGUUCUAAUGGAGCAGGGGGAAGUGGUCUUCCAAUGAAAAGAGGUCGAGGACGACCUCGUCUACUGCCACUGGGUCCUGGCCAUCAGGGAACGAGGACUCCACCAGCUUUACCGUUGGCUUUAGGCACAACUCUAAAUACCCCAAAACCAGAUGAUAAUUCUCAGAAACCUUUUGGUUUUUAUACGUGAAUGCAAUUUUUAUAAAAAAACAAUUGACAUAUCAUGGAACGUUUAAUGUGGGAAUGGUAACUGAUACUCAUUGUAAAGUUAUUUAUUCUAUUUAUUCAAGUUUUGAUUGCUGAUAAUCAAAACAAAAAGUCAACUGUUGUUUAUGCAUUCUUCAUGCUUGGAGGAAUUAGGCCUAAUUUAUAUAGUAGGCUUGAUGAGCAUUUUUAAUAUUUGGAAUUUGGUGAUUUUAGGAAUGUAAUUUUCUCAGGUUUAAAAGAUUUUAACAGUUGAAAAUAUUUGAAAUGUGAAAGACCUAAGUGAUGAAAUUUUGGAAAGCAAGUGAAAAUUUGAAUUGAAGUUAAAUUACAGUGAUUUGUUAGAGUUUGUGCAAUAAUUGGGAGUGAUGAAUAUUUUAGAUUUACUGAAAAACAUUAUUGUAUGUUUUGAAAUCUUCUUAAAAAUGUUAAAAAGUCUUCCUUAGUUAUAUUGUCAAGGUAAUUGAAAGUCAACAAACUGGUUUAUUUAUGACCAUAGUCCAAAGUAUUGUACAUAUUCUGUAACAAUGGCAUUUUGAGUUGGUUUUGGAAACUAUAUGGAAUCAUUUCCACAUCUAUGUUAUGUAAGAGUCUUGGAUUUUUUCUGGGAAUGUAAAAAUUAGAAUUUUAUUACUAUAAUAUAUUGUUUAAAAACAAUGUGCUAGUUGAAUAUUUUAGAUUUAUAUCUAUUUCCUCUGAACAAUGAAAAGUACAGAAUUAAUAAAAUACAGUAUAUUGGCUAUAUUAUUUCAGUUUGAUCUUAUAUUUUAAUAAGUCCAUUGUACUGAAACAUGUCAGCACUCAGACUUAAACAUAGUAGUCUCUCAAA